ACUUUACUUGCAUCUCUCCUCCCCUCUUCUCUUCCCCCCUCCCUUCACCCGCCGCUCUCUGGCCCUCAAAGGAUUCGCCACCAAGGUCAGUCUUCCCCUCCUCCACCCCGCAUCCAGGGACUCACCUCUUUCCUCCUCCCUGUCUGUCUCCCAUCCAAACAUCACCCAUCCGACCCCCAACUCUGCUUUUGAACCCUCCCCUCUUCCCCUCCGUCCACCACCCCCCACUCCCUACCACCCCAACAGUUACUCAGCUCGACUACGAUAACCAGUCAUGGCCGACUUUGUAAAGCUCUCGAUCUUCGGUACCGUCUUUGAGGUCACCACCCGUUAUGUCGACCUCCAGCCAGUUGGCAUGGGAGCCUUCGGACUUGUGUGUUCUGCCAAGGACCAGCUCUCUGGCACUUCUGUCGCCAUCAAGAAGAUUAUGAAGCCCUUCUCCACCCCCGUGCUCUCCAAGAGGACUUAUCGAGAACUCAAGCUGCUCAAGCACCUGAGACACGAAAACAUCAUCUCUCUUAGCGACAUUUUCAUCUCUCCCCUGGAAGACAUCUACUUUGUCACCGAGCUCCUCGGUACCGACCUCCACCGACUCCUCACCUCCCGACCGCUCGAAAAACAGUUCAUCCAAUACUUUUUGUACCAGAUCCUCCGUGGUCUCAAGUACGUCCACUCUGCCGGUGUCGUCCACCGAGACCUCAAACCCUCCAACAUUCUCGUCAACGAAAACUGCGACUUGAAGAUCUGCGACUUUGGUCUUGCGAGGAUCCAAGACCCGCAGAUGACGGGUUACGUGUCUACCCGAUACUACCGGGCGCCCGAGAUCAUGUUGACUUGGCAAAAGUACGAUGUUGCUGUCGACGUCUGGAGCACUGGAUGUAUCUUUGCAGAGAUGUUGGAGGGCAAGCCGUUAUUCCCCGGAAAGGACCAUGUCAACCAAUUCUCCAUCAUCACUGAAUUGCUCGGUACCCCAUCCGACGAUGUAAUCCAGACCAUCGCUUCCGAGAACACCCUCCGUUUCGUCCAGUCCCUCCCCAAGCGCGAAAAAGUCCCCUUCGCCACCAAAUUCCCCAACGCCGACCCGACCUCGCUCGACCUGCUCGAAAAGAUGCUCGUCUUUGACCCCCGAACGCGUAUAUCCGCCGCCGACGCCCUUGCGCACGAGUACCUGGCGCCGUACCACGACCCCACGGAUGAGCCUGUUGCUGCCGAAGUGUUUGAUUGGAGUUUUAAUGAUGCGGAUUUGCCGGUGGAUACUUGGAAGGUCAUGAUGUACAGCGAGAUCCUUGACUUCCAUAACCUUGGGGAUAUCUCCCAGAACGAGGCUGAAGGGCCCGUCACUGGUGAAGUGCCCGCCGCCGCCGCGAGCUAAGUCAACCUCUAGAUGAACGACGGUGUGGUUCUUUUGUUUCUGUUUUCAACUAUUUCCCUAGGAAAUUUCCGUUUGGUGUUUUACAUACGACGACUACAGGAAAAUCGUCCCCUUUCAUUCUCUUUUUUGAUCACUCGAGAGAACUUUUACCGUUCCUUUUCAUCAGGUCGUUCUUUUUCUCGCCGUUCUGCUUCUCUUUUUCUCUCUACAUAUUCUUACUGUUAGACAAAUGUUUUCAUAUUUACCCCCCAAAUCAAAUUCCAAAGUAGCCUGCCUUCAAUUUACCCCUUUUUCCACAACCUCCCCCGCAACACUGUUUCGAUAUAAAUAAUCGUCUUGUUUAGAAGAAAAAAUCGCAAGGAAAGAGGCAUGGAUCGUCAAAUUAUGCUGGA